UUGAGAAGUUUCAAAAUACUUCCUUCUUCGUUCGAGUUCAUGUAACCUUUUGUUUCAAGUUUCAAGUAAUCGCAAUACUUGCGAAGUUGCGAAACGCCUUCUUCCUGCUCGUGUUCGAGUUCGUGUGGAAUAUUGUUUAAGUUUGAAGUUCUUCAAAAUUUAUUUUAAUAUCAAGGCUCUAUAAGAGCAUGUGACUUGAACAGAACAACGCGUGCAGCAAUACACAAACACGAGUAUUCAAAAUUAGUAUGAACAGAUGAAAGAACGGUGUUAGACAGUGUAUACAAUUUUAAAUGCUACAUGGAUUAUGAGUAAAUUAAAACUGUUUUACACAAAAGGAAGAGAUUCAACAGAACGAUGUACUUAACCACACGACCAGUAGUUCUAUUUACAAUAACAAUUACAUAUUUUGUGAAUGGAUGUUUAAAUACACCUGUACAAAAGGGUCACUUUUCGCCGGUUACAAAAAGAAAUGGCUAUUUGAUACCAGAAAAACAAAAUGAGGAGAAGCAAUUAUCACUUCGUUUACACUUAAACAUUGCUGACCAGCAAAGUCUAGGUAGUGUCGACAAUCGAUUAGUGAUCAAUACGUCAGAAAGUAAAAUUCGUAAAACUGAUGCUGAAAAUGAAAUAUGCACUUUAAAAAUUGACUCACGAUCAAUCAAUAGGUUUCGGCAUGCAGUUACAAGCUCAGAAAGCAACUUUGUUUUCUUAAAUCUAACACCAGCCUAUGACUCAGGUAUUGUUUUAGGCAUCCCGUACUUAUCAUUGGAGAUAACAUUUGGAUAUGGACAUUUUGGGGACAGAAAGGUGCUUUUGAAUUCCUCAAAUGGCCUGCUGAGUUCGGCAUUUGGUCAAUGACAUUGCUGUAUGCAAAGGUGAUAAGAAAGCCUUUGAAUAUACCUCUACAACGAAAAUCAGGUAACUGCCUUAACAUAACUGUUGGCAACAAAGACGAUGAUAAGAAAAUUGCGAAGGCGUUAAAGAGUUUGGUAGAUGAAAUGAUGACAAUCGAUGCGGAUAUGUACGGACCCAGCUUCGUCUGUUACAAGAAGCGAAUGUACAUAGAACCUUACGUUCUUUGCAAACACAUGGUAUGCCCAAUAGAAGCUGUGAAACACAAAUGUUGCAAUUACUUCUACAAUAAUACUUUUGUUCCAAAAAGGGAGACGACGUGUAGAGAGCAAACUUUGAAAUAUGACACCAUCUGGUGGGCUCUUCCUAGCAUUGUGUCUGUCACUCUGUUCAUAUAUUCUCCUAUUUUCAUCAUGUACACACUGUACAGAUGUUUUUCGCAGCAAAAGAGUACCAUUAAGUUAUCUGAAAUUGAAAGAAGACGUCUUCCACGUCGACUUUCAAAUGUGGACGUAGAGUACAGUCAUCGAUUUCAAAACGAGGACACAUUCAUAUUUGAAGAUACCAAUCAUGUUACCUUGGUCAACACUUUGUUUAUACCAAUGAAAGAAUGUCAUGACGGAAAUGACGGUGAUCAAAGCAAUUGUGUGAGUUGUUAUUUUGGGCGAUGUGCACGAUUAUUUUUUCCAUUCCUAAGUUUCAUCAUAAUUGGACUUCAACUUUUACUGGAUUAUAUAUUUUUAUAUGACUUUGUCAUCGACUCCGCCGAUAGUGGGGUACUCCUUGGGUUUCGCUCCAUGGUAACAGGUUAUUCAAAGAGCAAAGAGAACUUCUUGCCGUAUAUCGGUGGUCCUUAUGUUGCUCUAGCCUGCUAUUUGCUUAUUACUGAACUACUUGUUGUGAUGCCUGCAUCACCGAUGAACCUUCUAGCUGAAGCUGUAUUGGUGAAUCGAACAUCAAGGUCCGAGUUUGAAUCAUCUCCAAUUUUACUCACAGUAAAAAGGAUCGGCAUAUUGGGUUCUAAAAAUGUGUCUGUGGCAAACGGGUAUUACAAAUUAUACAGUCUUUUUAUUGCACAGUUUUUCAUGCUCUUGAAUAUUAAGUUUUGGAAGCAUGCCAUCGCAAUUCAAUUACUACGCUGGAGGAAAAUUAAAAGGAAAGUUGGAUAUGUUUCGUUUUACCAUUUUAUUUGGCACUGUGCAUAUUAGAGCUGCUAUUAUCGCUGCUUAUAUAUGGCCUUCCGAUUAUUUCAUUCGGAAUAAUUAUCGUCAAAGCAUACUGUAGACCUCUUCGAAGACACGCUUUCCUGUACUUAAACGGUUUAAUUGGAAAAUAUAUUUGGACAGCAGUUCUCGUGCUCGCAGUUUUAUAUUUUCUGUUCAUGUUUGGAAAUAUUUUCCUCGACGCAACAUUAUUUAUAUCGCGUGUUGCUAUAUUUACUUUUACUGGGUUAGUUGUCUAUCCUAAAUCAUCAUAUGGGUACAUGAUUUUUGUAAUCACCGUAUUUUAUUACAUUUCGGAGAGUAUAAGUGAGUAUUCCAUGAAAUAUCGUCAACUACUUAGUGAUAUCGUUAAAAUAGCAAGUUCACUGGAAAGGGGGAACACUUGUUUGCAAAGGAGGAUGAUUUGUAAGUAUAAAGGUAGAAAAGCAGUUCGGGAAUCAUUGUUUGAACUUGUCGUAGAAACCAUAUGCCCGAGGCGAAAGCUUGUAUUUCUUACAUUCCUUAAAACUGUCAUUGUUCUUGGGAUUCUUUUGGUGUGUAUCAAUCUGCUUAUUAAGACGGACAGUUUCAAUGAACUUCAUAUAAUUAUGCAUGUUGGAACGGCUUUAUUAAUUUGCGCAAUUCCACAAAUAUUCAAACGAAUUUGCAAUAAUAAGCAGAGACAUAGCAUUGCUGGACACUAUGGAAAGGAGCUUACGCAUACUGUAAAAACGUAUUUGGGAUAUUUUGAAUAGGCGGACAGUGAUAGCUCUGAGGAUGACGCACAUCCUUUUUAUACUGUGUGAUUCGGAACAAAAUCCUCUGGAACUCAAUUGAAGAGCAAGACGUGUCAAACAAGAAUUAAUUAUAAAGAACAAGCAGCAUAAAAAUGCACGUAUUCUGAAACAAUAUGUUUAGGUUUUUUACACACAUAUGUGAAAUUUGGAUACCUUGUGACAUCGUUGUGUUUAGAUAUCAUUAGAAAAUGAUUUGUAUCCACAAAAGGAAAAUGCGUCCAAUUCAAGAAGUUGAAAAUAAGAGCAAAUAUAUAAACUGUAAUAACUGUAUGAUGUACUUUUGGUUAUCUAGUUUACAUAUUAGUAAACAGGAAAAUGAUAUAUUCAGAAUAAUACCAAAAUUGAUUUCGGUUACCAGACAUAAAUUUUGAACAUAAAACAUUGUAGCCGUCAGUGAACUAGCUUUUUCUGCGGGGUUUGACUCCAUAAUUAGAUCCAUAAAACAUGCUGAAAACAGAUGUACCCAUACUCUUUGUUAAAUACAUUAUCACCCCAUUUGGUGCCAAGCAUCUGUUGUAAUUUAUUAUUAAUGAUAUUGCCUCGUGUGUAUAGAGAUUCAAAAUGUGAUUGUGAUGUUAUAUAUUUAAUUGUUAUAAUUGAAUAAGAAAAAUGUGCUUGUUUUAGAAUGUGUGACUUGAAUUUGCAUUAAACUGAAACAUCACGACGUUAAACCAAAUAUGUAAUUCUUUAAACAGAAUCAUCUUAAAAUAUGAUUCAACUUAAUUUUACCAAUUACUAUAUGAAACUUUUUUUCAUUUACGCAUUUCUACCUUGAGUUUCAAAUUAAAAAGAAACAGUAACUAGUGUUUGAAAAUGCAAAAGAUGUUGAAUUCACACUUUUAAGCCAUUUGUACGUGAAUAGAGUAUACAAUUGAAUUAUAAGUUAUUAAUCAAAAGAGCUCUUGUCUUGCAAUACAACAUAUAAUUGUACUUCUAAAAUUGUAAUGGUGUGAUUAAAUGAGCAUUUCAUUGAAUUACCGAUUGCAGUAUGUAAAAUGCUUAAAAUAUUGAUACAACUUAUGAAUUAGAGUACUGUCCCUCGAUAUACUUUAUGUAUUUUUCCAUGUACAAUUAUCAAGCUGUUUGGAUAUCUUUGGAUAUUUUUCAAAAAUGUCUUUUAUUAGUCUUCAUUCUCAAAAUUAAUGCAAUUUUAAAUUUGUAUCUAUGUGACAAAUCGGACAGAAUAAAUAACAGUGUUUGUUUUGCUCAA